AUGUGGUUAUCUGUGGGAGUUUUCGUGGCAAUGCCGAUUUUGGCUUUUACUGCAUCAGUGGUUUCGAUAAAAGAUAUCGUUGAUCGUGAAAGGCCCGAAUUUGAGACUACGUUAAAGGAGACGGAUUUUAGUGCAAAGAGCACGCUCGAGCCGGCGGAUCUUGUUAGAUUGGGCAUCGAAGUGAAACAAGAUCCCACAAUGGGAAAUAAAAUGGAAGGCGAUAUUGCGACGAGCGUUGAUGAGAAACCGCUUUCCGAUGCUGUUCGCCGAUCCACCCGGAACGCUAUUCGACAAACUUAUCGUCGAUGGCCGAACGGUGAAAUCCCGUACACUCUUUCCUCGCAAUAUGGCUCAUACGCUCGCUCAGUGAUUGCCAAAGCGAUCAAGGAAUACCAUGAUAAAACGUGUGUUCGCUUUGUUCCCCGCGAUCCGAACAGACACGCCGACUACGUUUACAUACAUCCAGAUGAUGGCUGUUAUUCGCUGGUGGGCAGAACUGGUGGCCGACAACCGCUCUCUUUGGACUCUGGCUGUAUUCAGGUUGGCACAAUUGUGCACGAGCUCAUGCACGCUGUCGGAUUUUUCCACGAGCAAAGCAGAUCUGAUCGUGACGAAUAUUUGGAUAUUGUUUGGAGCAAUGUGAUGAAAGGAGCCGAUGAUCAAUUCGAGAAGUACACGAAUAGUGUCAUUGAUCACCUUGGAGAGCCCUAUGAUUUCUCGUCGAUUAUGCAUUAUGGCCCAUACGCUUUCAGUGGAAAUGGAAAGAAGACACUUCAACCGAAAAAGGGAAACGCUGAACGAAUGGGUCAACGGGUGGCUUUUUCCGAGAUCGAUUUGCGAAAGAUCAAUAGAUUAUAUCAAUGCCCUAUACGACAAAUUCAAGUAAAUGGAAACUCCGUGAUUGAGAAUCAGUGUCGAGACGAGAAUUGGCGAUGUCCAUUCUGGAUGCUCUACGAUUUUUGCUCGGAUUUUGAAGAGAUACGAUUUAUCGUUUGUCGCCAAUCAUGUGGACAGUGUACAACCACAUUUCGACCAUCAAAAGCCACAAAACCACAGAAAAAAAUGUUCCCCCUUCGACGAAGCAUCAUUGGAAUCCACUUUGACGUG